CCAAAAUAGUCAAGCAUAUUCUCGACCGCAAUGUCCCUCUCAACAUCAAAGACGAGUUCAAUAGAACACCUGCACACCUAGCUUGUUACAAUUCUUGCAAGAUUCUGGAUCUACUGCAAUGUUACGAGCAGGUCAAGGCAACCAACUGUGGCACAAAGCAAAAGCUUCGAUAAUGAUGACUCCGGUCAUCAUUGUCCCUUGUUCUGCAUAUAUAGCUACGCCAUGACGGGACCAAUCGUUUAGGCCGUAACAUGCAAAUCUCUGACUUGGAAUUUGCACGCGUGGACAAAGUCGGCCGAGUACCUUUGCACUACGCUGUACUAAGCGGACAGGCCGAUCUAGUGAAAGCGGUUUUGGAGCGUUCCAAACAAGCAGGCAUCGGCAUUGAUGUGCAAGACUCGGACGGUUGGACGCCGCUCUUAUGGGUGGCACGGGCCUCAGCCGUUUGGAAAUGGGAAGACCGGCCAGUUAAGCAUGACGAAGUGGUCUCCCUCCUACUUGACAUGGGAGCUAAUACGGAUACAUAUGGUCGGGGACCAGACAAACCCUGGAACGCUCUGGACAUUGCCCACUACCACCAGGCUCAUAGGUACGUAAACCCCAUCCAGCGUGCUCUUGAUCUGUUUUGGAUCUGCAUGUCCGCGUUAUAGGGCCGAGAGUCAUACUUCAUCGCCCUUUCCUGUGAGCUUAUCACUGACUUUCUUGAAAACAAAGUAUCGUCGAAUUAUUAAUGCCACUAAACUCAGCGGGUAAAAGGCGUCCAACCCUGGUGAAGGUGG